CUUCUACAUGGGUAUUCGUAUUGCCCAUCGAAUUCGCUCUCGUCGGCUUACUCGUUGAAAAACCAACCGUUCGGUUUGACGGAGCGCAACUGGAAAAAACAUCGGUUCUACCUUCUUCGUUCCUGAUGUUAAGAAGUGCCACUCGUACUUGACUUCCUUCUCUGUGACAUAGCUGCAUCGACGGCUACGUUGUCAUCUCGGCAUGGUGCUCCUACUUCGAAUCCAUUUUGCAAUCCCUCUGAUUUCCCCGCACAGUGGUUUACUUUGUGUUUGAGUUAUUUCUAGCGGAAGAUUUGCGAGGCCCUCGCUUUUCUUCCUCUUUCCACGAGGACGAGGAGAACCGGACUCGACACGUAAAUCAAACUGAAUUUUCCAAUUCCUUUUCGACGACGCACACACUUACCUGCUACAAAAACGAACGAAAACGCAUUCUCACAAAAAUCUAAAAUUUACGAAUUUCUACUUUUAUCAGUUGCAAGAACUCGUCUACUCAACACGGAAAAUUUGUUAUUACUACUUUACACCGAAAAUUUGUUGUACAAGAACUCCACCAAGACACAACUUGACAAAUCACAUUGGGUUUUUGACUGCAGGAAGGGGUAGUUGCGGUCAGGCUAACACCAGAAGAACGAGGACAACCGAAAACAACGUGGUCUUUCAAGAAAGCGCGCAUUUCUCAUCAUCAGGACUACGACCAGGAGACGAAACGAAGAUCGACUGGACGAGGACUCCCACUCCGAGAGCUAACACAACGAUCGGACAUCGUGAGCGGUCUGUACACCACGAAGUCAACGGCUAGUACGUCGUUGACUUCAGUACUACUCUGAACAACGAACUUCAACAAAAAACGACGGCACGUGUUGAAGGCCUGUCAUCAACAAGAACAAGUCGAUGACCAUGGCGACCGGAAUCAGCACCGGAGGUGCGCUGCGGCGUACGCUCUUUGUCGCGGCUGCGGUUGCCGGCGAAAACGGUGUACUGGCACUAUGAAGCGAAGACACUUUUUGCAUCCCUUGGUACGUCGAAUGAGCCACAACCACAUGAUGAUGAUUGCAAUUGCUCAUGAUAAUCCAUAAUGAUAAAAGCUGCCUCCACUCUUAUUUGAUCUGUGGUGAGAACUUCUCUCGAUAAGCGUACACUGAGAACUUCUCUUGCUUCGUUUGCAACAAAGAAAGCGCGAUAUAGAAAACCGUAUUAUUGUAUCGAUGAGAAUUUGAUGCAUUUGAAUUUACGAGACAAGUUGGAAGAGUGUCACAUUGCUUCUUUUUCAUAAACAGCCAAGAAAAAGCCGAAGGGGUUUCUGGCGGUUGCCGUCGAUGAAGGUUCUGAAAUUAUCAACUGCAAAAAUGUCUGGGUCUGGAAGAGUGCAAGAUUUGUGAUGCAGGUUUUCCAUGAUCCAUGAGGUCUGGAAUGCGAGACCCAGCAUGACAGACUCUCUGGGGUCUCUAUCAUGCCUUUCCUGCGUGAGAAAGUGCCUCUCAACUUGGUCAAAAGGGGACAGCUUUUGGCACUCAUGCAACACAGCUUUUUCAUGAUUCGGAUUUAGCAUGACAAGUUGCAAUCUUCCAGAUCCAGACAUUUUUGCAAUGCAUAGAAAUUCAGUCUGAACAAGAUGGCCGAGUUGCCGGCCGAGAAAUUGGCACAGGAGGCGCCUUCCUCGACGAGCAGGAGCGGAAAACGACGCAGAAGCCGUUUUUUGGGGCUUUGAAGGACGCUUGGGACCGGAACAGUCCCCUUGCAAGGGGAGGAAGCUUGAACACUGCCAUUCGGAAUAGUCCGGUUGGGCAGAUAUUUGGAGCUGAAAAACGAGAAGCGGAGGCAAAGGAGCUUGCCGCAAAAGCAGCAAGCGAUGCACCCAACAAGAACGCACAAGACUAUGCGCAGCUUGCUGCGGACUCCGCAGUGCAUGCUGCACAAUCUGCCGGGAUUGUGCAGCAUGCUGCUACACAAGCACGAGCUGCGGCGAGUGCAACUGCCGCUGGCGACUCCUUCGAUGGUACCACUCUUGCGCAUGCCGGUGAUCAUCAUGUUCAUGCUGCUCCGGGCACUGCCAUCGAUGGUUUACUACCUGAUCAGCAGAAUGGCUGGUUUGAUGACGGCCUCCACGAACAAGGUAUUAGAUUCAUUUGCUUUCAAAGGAGAGAAUCAUCCGCUUUCGUCUUCAGUUUCAACCCACAUGAGUAAUUCGCUCUUGCAGUUGGGGGCUACACAGAUCUAACUUCUUUGUUGUGUUUUAUUGCGUUUGGAACAUCGCGAUCUGCCGGCGAACAAGUCUGCUUAGUUUUUGACCGCAUUUUUUUUCAAUUUUUAGACGUGGUUGUUUGAGUAUUGUCUUGAUAAGAGACCGUCCCCGUUCGGCGCCACGGCUUGACUGGGGCCCUAUUUGUGUUUGCAGGGAUUUGAUUUAGUUGUGUCGCAAAGCCAGAAUUUCUUUUUUUUUGCGCUGACAAUGAAUGACUGUGGUUAAUAGAGUUUGAGAAAGUUCGCGAAGACAGAAAGAGUAGGAGAACGACACGUCAUAUUACUCGCACUCCUCCUCGUCUACCAGCACCACCGCAAUACCAGAAGUUCUUUUUUUUGCGCUGACAAUGAAAGAUGAAUGAGUGUGAUUCGGCUUUGAGAACAAUCGCGAGGACAGAAAGAAAAACUAAAACAGCACAAUUUGUUGAUGACCACUUGCAAGAUUGGUAUGAUGACACGCACUUGUCGGGCACUCCCCCCGGACCUCCGGCCCUUGGAACACCGCCGGCGAAACACGACCAACUCACCAUCAAUGACGGCCAUCUGCCACAUGACGACGCCCGACCGGUGGGCCAGGGCGAAGGUAAUCAUAUUGUUUUUUCGUCGUGCUCUUCGUUUUCAUCUCGCAUCUUCUGAUAGUUCAUAUUUGUUGAUGUAUGAAACUACUAGGGGAAUAAAAAGUUCGGUAUGGUCCGCCGCAGCAUGUAUGAGUAUGACUAACUGAGACUCUCGUACUGUUGAGUGCCGGUUUUCAAGAUGGAGACUGAGGAGUCAGAUGCGCUAAGUAUGUAUACUUGCAUGAUUGAUGAACCAUAGCAACAAAUGUAUAUACCGAAAGCGGGGAAAAGGGUUGUAGAGGCUAUGAGUAGGAGCAGAUGCAGAUCUUCUGCGUCGUGUGGCUCCGUGGGUGUUGGACAAAUAAAGUGGAAUUCGAUUCAGAAAAAUAAAUCUAUGAUUACAUGAUCAUGUUGAAGAUUUAUGUUGAGGAAUAUAGUUAUAAAUUUACGAUUUGUCAUAAAUAUGAUGCAUUGCAUCGGCGAAUCUUUUGCGAUUGCGCGUGAAAGCACCCGAAACAAAUGCACAGGCGCAGCGUUGACUCCCGCGGGAGGGGCGGAGCAACUGCAACAACCUGAGAGCUUCGCCAUGGAUUAUGAUGACGGUGAAGGUGAUGAAGAUGAUUUCCUUCGCCCUUCUGACGACCCGCGUGAUGGUAGCGCUCUUUUUCCGUCGUGUGUUUUCCUUGAUUUAUCAAUUUCAUUCGGAUAAGGGUGCAAUCGUAAUGCUGGUCCAAGUCGUGACGUGACUAUUGUGCUGCAAGAUCGUGAAUUUCAUUCAUACUAGUAGUAAUCUAUUGACUAUAGGAAAAAGGUUUGACAAAAUUGCUGCUGAGCCGUCAGAAGCUUUUUCUUCUGAAGGUCUUCUGAAGGUCCAAAAUCAUCACUGGAGCCUCCAGAAGAAAUUGAGCAAAGGUUUUUUUCUUUUGGCAAGCCUAGCAUCGGUCGUUUCGCCCGGGAGCGUUUUGACCUUCUGAAGGUCGAGCCUUCUGAAGGUUUUUUUGUUAACCUUCGGAAGUAGGUUUUUUUUUGACCUUCGGAAUUAAAAAAAAUGGAAAAAAAGCAAAAAAGCCUUCUGAAGGUAAAAAGUGACUGCUUUGCAAAUCACAACAGGGCUUUUUUUUGACCUUCAGAAGACUUUCCGACUUUUCCGAAAAGAAAAGGCAGUGAAGUGUCGCAACUUUGGCCAACCUUCAGAAGGUUGAAAACCUUCAGAAGGUUUUCCUCUAAUGCGGCAGCUCGUUUAUGUUUCCGGUUCCUCGUAUUCUUCAGAAGCUUCGACCUUCUGAAGGUCAUCUCCUGUAGAUUCUCCAGAUGAAGACUGAAAAGCUUCUGGAGAGUCUUCUCCUAAAACGACAAACAUUUCUUUUGUUCGUCGUGUCAUUGCUACGCUAAUUUUUUCGUCCUUCAUCGCGAUUAUCCUCUGGAUGAGCAAUUACAGACAGUAACACAUGCAGCUUUGUUCUGUUUACACAACACACUCACGUUCUACUUUUCCUCUGCAUGCAAAGUAAGCCUCAGCAUGAGUUUGAGUUUGUAUGUAAAUGUAUACACCGUGAUUGUGAAUUCAGAAUUCUGUCUCUGAAGUGUCAGAGUCAGUCUGAUUUUCAUAUGCAUUUUGCGGAACCUCCACGACCCGCAUUUGCAUACAUUUUGCAUCGCCCACAUUUCUUGUUAAUCCAUAGAUGAAAAGGAUCAUGAAGGCAAAAAAGCGAAAAACUCAAAAGGAUCAGGGUAUUGAUGCAAUGAUUUCUAGCGCUUGAUGAUGGAUCUUAUUCCGCCGUCGUCGCGCCGCAAAGCCGCAAGUCUUGUGCCCACGUUCACCACCAAAAGUGUUGUGACGCGGAGGCGUUCGAUGAGUCUGAGGUUGAAUCGCUCGACAUGCAACGCGGAAAAAAACAACGAAUUUCGACAGGUGGAAACGAUGGCGAUGCAGGACCGGGAGAAUCCUUGUCGGUCAAGCACACGGAAGAUGGUGAUGGUGUGGAAGCUCCUCCAAAAAAUAAAGGGGGAUUUUUUUCCAAGAUGGCGAGCGCGGUGGGGAAAGGAUUCAGCGCGGCGAAGAAGCACAUUGUCGAAAAGUUCGCGAAAGCGCAAGCGGCAACUGAUGCGGGUAUAUUUAAGUAUAAGUAUUUGUUUCUGAUGUGCACGAGGACAUCAGUCUCGCCCAGAGUGCCAAUGUUGUGCCCGUCUUGUUUCCGAAGCAGCCGGAAGAACAUAUCCAAAAAAAGAGGAAAUUUGAAAUAUCUUUAUUUUCUACAGAUGCAGCCGGGAGCGGUGGCGGACGCGGAACGAGCAAACGGUUCCUGCAGCGGCGUGGCCAGGAGCCUGAUGCGUCAUCCGGCCCUGCUGCCAUCGAAUCGGAAAAAGCAGAUCCGAAGGAACCGACGAAGAAGGAAAAACUAAAAACCGCACUCGAAAGCAUCAGUCCCAAUGUCAUCCCGGCUGAUCAAGCUUGUCCGCGCGGACAAGGGCCCAGUGACCUUGUCCUGAAGGAAGUGAACGACAACUGCAAUGCCAAUGGCGAUGUCCUCUCUGACAAGGACUCCAAUGUGAUGUUCGGUAUCGAGCUCCACUUCCUCGUCCGAGAAGCGGGGGAUCAGGCGAACGGAGUCGACGACGAUGGCGAGAAGGCGGAAGAUUCCGCAUCUUUCAUCGAAACCGAAACGACAACGGCGAUGCACGAGAAGCCAUUUGCGUGGCUCAAAAAAAUGGCAAACAGCAACACGGCGAAGAAGCUAAGCCGAAUGGCGACGGAUGCAGUGAAGAGUGUUUCGCGACAUGUCGAAGCCGGGGUUGAAGCCGCCAAAGCACUGAAGGAUGCGGGCGGAGAAGGAGGCUUGGCGAAGUUCGAAGCUGUGAGGCGCGCGGCGCUCGCGCAAAAACAGCAGGAAAAUUCGGAGGAGGAUGCAAAAAUCGAAGAGGCCCCGGGUAUUUCGGCAGAGAUUUGCCAUCUCAAAUGCAUGCUGAACCGCGACUGCCGUUUUUACAAGUUUCAAGCCGUGCACGGAACUACUGGGGGCGGUAAGUGUACUCUGUCUCGCAGCCUUGACCACUUGUCAGUUUCGCCCAAGUGCAUCACUCCCGAUGGAAAAGAAGCAAACGACGCACCGAAAAUCGACAAAGCCAAAUCGGGAUCCGGUUGUGUCUCCGAGAAGCCCAAGCUUGGUUCCAUCACCGACGGCGACAUUGUGGAAUUGUCCACGUGGUUUGCUAGUUUCGUGACCCCCAACGCCGCAACGGUCGCACUGAACGAUCUGGAACGGGAAGCCGCUGCAAUCAAGGCGGAGUACGAGAAGAACAAGAAGCAGGAGGAGCAACAACUCGAGUAUGCCGGAGAAAGUGAAAGCGACGAGUAAGCUGAGCAGACGCCUGCUUUUUUUACGUUGUGAUUACCUCCAUCGAGGGCCGGGGGAAAUCCACACUGUAAAUUCGGGCCUCGAGAAGUUGUCCUUCGGAAUUAUGACAACGGUGCCGAAAUGAUUGAGAGCAUAAGAAUUUCUGUCAUAAUUGUGUUGCAACGAUGAAGACACAACUUCAAGCAAAUUUUGUUUUUCUCUUGUUACAAAUUGUAGUACAAAAGUAGGUACUAGUACGUACAAAUUGUAGUACCUACUUUUGUACAUGGCUAAGUCAAGCUCGAUCGUGAAAUCACCUGCCGCCCCGCCGCGAGACAACGACCGUUGAAUUUUUUCUUCGGAAGAACUACCUCGCACAGGACAGCAAACCAGACUGACUCGCGAAACAGUCCUGGAGGAGGUAGUCAUGAUUUUAUUCUGAAACCCUGUACAUCUACAUUCAUUUUCAUUGAAAAAUCGCAUUCAACUCAGUAGCUUCGCAGAUACAUGGGCCCUCUGUGUUUCGACAACAUUGUGCAUACCAAUUUUACAUACUGUAUUUUUAUAUACUGCCAUUGAUUGUGUAACUGUAAACGGUUCAGUGUGAUUUAUGAUGAUUUUUUAAUCGAGUUACACGAGUUACUAAAUAUCACAUCAUGAUUUUCAGUUUUUACAUUCAUCUACAUUGUCGCCAUUUUUGUUUUUGUCUUUUGUGUCUGAUUGUGAAUGUCAAUGUGGUUAAAAUUUUUCUAAUUGCUUGCUAUAAUAUGUUCCUCUCCCUCGUGGUCGAGCUUUAUCUUCAAGACCUUCAGCACCCACCAGAUGAUUGUUUAUUUAUAUAGAUUCGACAUCAAAUUAUUUGUUUUGUGGAGAUGAUUGCCUCAGAGGAGUUGUAUUUUGGCGUGUGGUGUAGCUUCAACAUUAUUCCCCUCGGAGGUUUGAUUUCCUGUUCAAGCAACGGCGAUGAGCAUAAAGAUUGCGCAAUUUAUGAAAGAAACGAACAUGAAGAAAAUGAAAAAGAUGCCACAUGAUAGACCACAGUGGAUGUUCCGUUUUAUCGGUCUCUCCUGCAAAAGAAGGAGUGAAGAUGAAUUUGCUUCAAUUGCGGCACAGGAGAAGUC